AUGAACGAUACAGGAACUAAGAAUAUGGAUGAUCUAGCUUCUUUAUUCUUGCCGGAUAUCUUGCAUCCUCUUCAAUCAAGUUCAAAUACGCCAGGAGCUUCCACUUCAAAUCCAUCUAAUCAACUGCAACAAGCUCAACAACAGCAAGAACAACAACUUCAACAACAACAACAGCAACUGCCACAACAAGGAAAUUCAUCAGUGGUUCCAGUUAAAAGUGAAGAGUUUGAUACCUUAAGUGCUGAUUUCAAUCUAUUACAUCGAGAUAGUAUAACUAGUUCAAAUACUCCACCAACUUCAAGUACAAAUACUGGUAAUAAUAAUGUAACUAAUUUCAGUGAUUUCUUGCAUAAUAAUAAUUUCAUUAAUAAUAAUGCCAAUAGCUCUCAUUUGAUGAAUCAAUCUUUUAAUUCUCCCUUGUCUGCUCAAUCAUUAACUAAUAAUAAUACUGGAGGUGCUAAUUUAGAUGCCAUCGAUCAAUCAUUACAAACUUCUCAACAACAACAAGGAGCUCAUCUACAUCAUUAUGGAAACUACAUGAAUUUUGAACAAAAUGGCGGUAUGAUGCAUCAUUAUCAACAUCAUCAACAAUUAAUGUCAAUGUAUGGUCCUCAAUAUCAACAAAUUUAUCAAAAUCAACCACCACCUCAACAUCAACCUCAACAACAAGUACAGCUGCAACAACCUCAACAACAAUCACAAAUACUGCAACAACAGCAACAACAACAAUUACUGCAACAACAACAACAACAAGUGCAACUGCAACAAUCUCAAGGUCAAUUCAACAAUCAGCAAAAUCCAAACCCACAACAAAUGUUUCAACAAUCUUCGAUGAAUGCUUCUGCUUCAACUACAUUCUUAAAUAACUAUCCUUUUGCAAGAACACCUAAUGCAGGUGACUGGUACGAUGGUCUCUUAGGUAAUGGUACUACUGCAAGUAAUCCUAAUGUAUAUAAUCAAUCUUCAUCCAUGCAAUUUCCAAGAACCACUGAUAUUUCAGGUUUCAAUCAACCAUAUGAUCAACAAUCAUUGGCAUCACAACAAGGAUCUUUCAAUAAUUUACAACAACAACCAGGUGCACUACCGGAACAAGCUCAACAACAACCCACUCUGCAACAACCUGAAUUAAAUGAAUCUAAUGAUAGUUCUCCGAACUUGGUACCUAAGAAAAAGAAACUUAAAGCUAAGAAAAUCAAAGAUAUAAUAAGUUCAGAAUAUCAAAUUGAUUAUAAACCAAGUAAAUUACGUCAAUUAUUGGAUUUUAAACGAGUUGAAAAUACUAUGAAGAGAAAAGAUUAUAAAAUCGUUGAUAAGGAUAAUAAUAAUAUAAAUAUUGAUUUCAAUGGAUUUUUAAAUGGUAGAUUCAUAACCAAUGAUAAUGAUAAUAUUUAUUAUUUAUUAACCAAAAAGAAGACUGAUAAUGAACAUGAUAAACCAAAUUCAAAGGAAACCACCAUAAAGGAAGAUCCUAAAGUGAUAUCAUGUUAUAGAAGAAAUUAUAUUCUGGUAGCUAUCAAUAUGAAUAUUAAUGGGUUUAAGAAUUCGAAAUCAAAAUUAUUAAAAUUACAAACUAGUGAAUAUGGCUAUACUAUAACUCGAGUUAUUAAAUAUUUUAAAAUUGAGAUUUCUGCCAAUAUUUCAAAUAAGGGAAAUGUACCUAUUUUUAUCAAGGGGAAAAAGAUGAAAGAUAAAAAGACAACUACUCAACCACCCGUUAGUUCAGGAGGAGCAAAUUCAUAUGAAUUUAAAGAUGAUUUAGUUCAACCAAGUUAUAUUAAUUCUCGUGAACAUAUAGUCAUUUUAAAUGAUGAAACUGCUAUUGAAAAUGGUCAAAUUGAUAAUUAUUUUAUUGUUAAAAAGAUUCAAUUUAAAAAUGCUACUCCUAAUAAUGGUAAUUUAGCAUUUCAAAAUUAUUAUCAUUUUAAAGUUAAAUUCAGUUGUGUAGUUGCUGAUUUAUAUUAUGAUGAUUAUGUUGAUGAUGAAUUAAAUAAUGGAUUAAAUGGUAAUACUAGUAAUCAAAAUGCUGCUGGAAAUGCCGGAGUUGGUGAUAAUAACGAAAUAACUUUAUUUGAAUUAGUUAGUGAACCCAUAACUGUUAGAGGUCGUAAUCCAAGUUUUUAUGCUGAAAGAAAAGAUGUUACUAUAAAGGGAAGAUCAAAUACUUCCAAGAAAUCAUUUAAAAGAGCUGGAAGAUCAGGUUUAACCAAUAAUAAUAAUGAAGAAGAUGAAGAUGAUUAUGAUUAUCAUGGAGAUGAUCUUAAAGAUCAUGAUGGUGAUGAUGGGGAUGAAGAUGAUGAAGAUGAUGAUGAACCUUCAUCGGCUAAUGCUAAUAGAGAUAAUUCACCAAAUUCAUCAUCAGCUGAAGAUGAACCUAAUAAUGGUAAACCAGGUAAAGGUGAUGAACAAAAUCAAGGAUCAGGAGAUCAUCAAUUACAACAACAAUUACAAGGAGAUCAAAUCUCAGGUCAAGUUACUAAUCCUCCAUUAUCACCUUUGGCAUAUACAUCGACUCAAUCAGCUAUUGAUUUGAAAUCGGUUAAUCGAUAUAAAUAUUUCCCUAUUUCAAAUGUUUAUUAUCUUCCCCCUAUUAAUGUGGUUUAUUUCCCUCAUAGAGCCCAUCAAUAUCAACAAGGACAAAUUGAGGAUGUUACUGCUCAAGAAGAAGAGGCGGUUACUAAUGAAAGAAGAAAGAGUUCAAAUGUGUAUUUUAAAUAA